CCCCGGCCGUGAUGGCUUUACCCGUGGGUGCACCGCGCUCGCACACUCCGCAGCGAUAUCACAUGGACGUCAUGCUUCACCAUGGAGAGCGGAGCGCACCAAUUCUCAGGAAUAUGCGGCUCUCAUCGGCCCGAAACCGGUUGCUCGCAAGCACCCUUCGUCCCGAAUGGCUUGGAAGUUCCGUGGGAGCUCCUGCUCCUACCUCGACCGACAAGGCCAUCAGCGAAGCAGAAUCAUAGAAGGGAAUGUCCUCUCUUACACACGCAGCAGCCAUGGAGAGCUGGGAAGUAGGAUGUCGCGGGCGUCUGAGGAUGAUAUUUAAGCCCCUGCGAGGAUCUCGAGGCUUAAAAAGUGUUCUUUCCCCUCGAAAGCAUGAAGUUCGCGUUCUUUACCUUGGCGUUCUGCGCCUUGUCCGCUUUCGCCAGUUCGGAGGCCGUCGAGAAACGAGACAACCAAUUGCCUGCUCGGGUCCCGUACAUCUUCCCUGCGCCCGGUACCAACGCGGUCGCCGACAAGAUCCGAAGUGUUCGUCCCGGAGGAAUUCUCCUCGAUCUCGAUGGUGCUCUCCUCAACAACGCGAUCGUCGCCAACGCCUGGACGGACUUCAUCGAGACCGUGCGCCGCAACCUGACCAUCCCCGGAAACGUCCGCGAGCUUCUGAUUCUCCGCACCGCCGUCGCGAAUACCGCCACGUACCAGUGGCUGCAGCACGAGCCCGUCGCGCGCAGCUCAGGAAACAUGACGACCGCCCAGCUGCUCUUUCUCCGGUUCGCCCCGCAGAAGACGUUCUCCUGGGCCGACGGGCGGCUCACUGGACUGUCGGACGCGCAGCUCGCCAGCAUGGCGUUCGCCGACUGGAUGGCCGACACCGUGCACAUCCCCGAUUCGGUCUACAACGCCGUCAAGACGCACUUCAACACGUCGCAGAUCAUGGAGAUCACGCUUACGGCGGGCGCGUACUCGCUGGUGUCGCGGUUGACGGUCGGGCUGGAUCUGGACUCGGAGGGCGAUGUGCCGCUUCCUGUCCCGCAGUAAGAUUCUAUCCAAUGUGCACCAAGAUGAGAGUCGGCCUUCGAGCGAGAGAGUGACAAACGCGUGCCGUCACACCACGUGAAGCUACAUUAGACAGAAGAAUGAAAACAUGUGUGAAGAUGUAACAAGGCAAGUCAGAUGAGAUUGUGGCAGUCGGGGCAUUCCAGGGUCGGGGGAUUGAGUGGAUCCGGAACCACAACAGGGACGGUUUUCCGCGGCCGUCCUCUGGUCCUCUUCUUGAGCGCCACAUCAGGCUCCUGCUUAACCACGGUGUCCCAUCCC